UACGGCUGCGCGCAGUGAAUGCCACGUACUGGCUGACGUUUACAGUCCGGAGAGCGCUUCCUGAUGCUGGACCGGGUCUGGCUAGGCUAGUGUACAGAUUAGAUUUUCACGGUUUGGGGAAACCUGUGAAAUACAGCGUGGUUAAGUCGUCUGAUUCAGUGGUGGGAGCAGAACAGUUCGGACGGCACCAUGAACGGCCAGCUGGACCUGAGCGGGAAGCUGAUCAUCAAAGCCCAGUUAGGCGACGACAUCAGACGCAUCCCUAUCCAUAAUGAAGACAUUACUUAUGAUGAGCUAGUGCUGAUGAUGCAGCGUGUCUUCAGGGGCAAGCUGCAGAGUAAUGACGAGGUUACCAUCAAAUACAAGGACGAAGAUGAUGAUCUCAUCACCAUCUUCGACAGCUCUGACCUCUCCUUUGCAAUCCAGUGCAGUAGAAUACUCAAACUGACUUUGUUUGUGAAUGGUCAGCCGCGGCCUUUGGAGUCCAGUCAGGUGAAGUACCUGCGCAGGGAGCUCAUUGAGCUCAGGAAUAAAGUCAACAACCUCCUGGAUAGCCUGGAGCCCCCCACAGAGCCUGGCCUGGCUGCUACAGCACCGGACAGUGAAUCAGUGGAUGGACGUGAAGGCAAAUUUGUGGCAGCGGAUCCCACAGUGAAACAGGCCACUCCAGUCAGUGCAGCCAGCAUGUCAGCCUUCGAUCCGUUAAAAAACCAGGACGAGGUCAACAAGAAUGUCAUCUCUGCUUUUGGCCUGAGUGAGGACCAGGCCCAAGCUCCCCCAGCGGUUGCACCAGAGGAGCGCUCAGGAACCCCUGACAGCAUCACUUCCUCCUCGUCUGCGGCACCUCAGCCAGGAGUGCCCCCCCAACCACAGGCUCCAUAUCCUGGAGUACAGCAGGGACCCCCAGCUGGCAUGGAUGGUCAGGUGUAUCAGCAGUACCAGGCUCCAGGUGGAUACCCGCCUCAGCAACCAGGUGCCCCACCGCAGCAGCAGUACGGUAUGCAGUACCCUGCAGGAUACAGUCCUCAGCCUGGCGCCCCUCAGCCUGGCCCGCCACAGCAGCAGCAGUUUCAGAACUACGCGCCUCCCUCCUCCCAGGCUCCUGCCCCUGGCCCAGCCCCAGCCCAGGCCUUCCAAGGGGGCCAGCAGCAGCCCCAUCCGCCUCAGGGAGCCCAGCAGUAUCCACCAGGAGCCUUCCCUCCCCAAAACUAUACCUCCCAGGCCUCCCAGCCCGCUAACUACAGCCUGCCGCCCAGCUCCCAGCCCGGCUCAGGGUACCAACCCCGCCCUGGAUACACUGCACCUCCAGGCAGCACCGUCACCCCUCCACCAGGAGCUGCUAACCCUUAUGCCCGCAACCGCCCCCCUUACGGCCAGGGCUACACUCAACCAGGCCCUGGAUACCGGUAAAAGAGGAGGACAGCUGAUGUUACUGAUCCUCACACACCCACAAACCCCUACCCUCUGUGUGGCUCCAGCUGUUUGGAGUGGGUGCAGGAAACGUGCUUUACUGCUCUACCCC